UACGGCUGUCAGAUGAACGUCAACGACACUGAAAUUGCGUGGUCCAUUCUUCAGAAGGGUGGAUAUGUUCGGACCCACGAACUAUCAGAGGCAGAUGUGGUGCUUCUUGUCACAUGUUCCAUAAGACCAUCUGGAACAGACUCAAACAUCUAGCAGUUCUGAAAAAGAAGCGUCUAAAGAGCAGCACUCCAUUAAAGAUAGGAGUCCUGGGUUGCAUGGCAGAGAGACUAAAGACUGAGUUGCUGGAGAAGGAGAGGGUGGUGGAUGUUGUAGCAGGGCCAGAUGCCUACAGAGAUCUUCCCCGACUCCUUGCACUGGCCCAUGGGGGUCAGAGGACCAGCAAUGUCCUGCUCUCCCUGGAAGAGACAUAUGCUGAUGUCAUGCCCAUUCACCAUUCAGGACACAGUGCCUUUGUGUCUAUCAUGCGGGGCUGUGACAACAUGUGCAGCUACUGCAUUGUGCCGUUUACCCGGGGGAGGGAGAGGAGCAGACCUGUGUCCUCCAUACUUGAAGAAGUGCGCAUGCUGUCUGACCAGGGGGUGAAGGAAGUGACCCUGCUGGGUCAAAACGUGAACAGCUACAGAGACGUGUCUGGGGAUGGGGCCAGCAACUCGGGGCUUGGUUCGCGCCUCAGCCGUGGUUUCAGCACCGUGUACCGUGAUGAGCAAGGAGGCCUGCGAUUCGCUGACCUGCUACACCACGUCUCCCUCGUAAACCCUGACAUAAGGAUUCGCUUCACCUCGCCACAUCCUAAAGACUUUCCUGAUGAGGUGUUAUAGCUAAUCCAAGAGCGGAGGAACAUCUGUAAACAGAUCCACUUGCCAGCUCAGAGCGGCAGCAGCAGAGUCUUACAGACCAUUAGGCGUGGGUAUACUAGGGAAGCCUACCUUGAGCUUGUGGAAAACAUUCGAAAGAUAAUACCAGGGGUCAGUCUGAGCAGUGACUUCAUCACAGGCUUCUGUGGGGAAAGCGAGGAGGACCACCAGCAGUCGGUCUCUCUGAUCAGGGAAGUGGGCUAUAAUGUAGCCUUCCUGUUUGCCUACAGCAUGAGGAAGAAAACUCAGGCAUACCCGGACGAUAUCCCGGCUGAGGUGAAGAAGCGUCGCCUGGAGGAGCUUAUCUGUACAUUCCGAGAAGAGGCGGCUAAGGUCAACACCAGGCUCAUCGGCAGCACACAGCUUGUCCUAGUGGAGGGAGAAAGUAAGAAGUCAUCUCAAGAUCUUUGUGGUCGGAAUGAUGGGAAUGUGAAGGUUAUUUUUCCAAGAAAGGAUUUGCUUUCUUAUCCCAUGGAUACCAACCCUGUCACCGUUAAAGCUGGAGACUAUGUACUGGUGAAGAUUACCUCAGCCAACUCUCAGAGUCUGCAAGGCCACGCCUUCAGCCACGCCUCCCUGAGUGAUGGACACCCCAGACGCCUAUGAAUGCACAGGCAGCUGCAUAUUAGCCUGUAGGUUCCACCUUCUUAGUAUCAGGACUGGGUGGGAGUGUGUGUCUCAGACCUAUAGGUCUUCCCAGCUCCAGCUCUUGGAAGCCAGUAUGCUCAGUGAGGAGUUUUCACUGCCUCAGUCAUCCUGUCUCCUCAUUAUCAAGCUCCUUAUGAGGUGAAUCAGGCAUGGUGAGGCAGAAAACCCCUGAAAAUAUGCAGGGAAGUUUCCUCAGAACUUGAGCUCAGUGUUCCUGAAGUGCAGUUUGAAAUGAAAUAAGGUUUUUCAUCUUUUCAUUCAUUCAUUUAUUCAGAAUCAUGUAUGAAAUCAAUUUUUUUAUUUUUAUGAUUGCAGCAAAUAAUGGAGGUGCAAGUGUAAUAAAUGAUGGAAAAGCAGAUUGCUUUCACACAGUAAUAUGUCCAAGCAGAUUGAUAUGUCCAAGCAGAUUGUUUUCAAUUUGUUCCACUCAAUUUGACAAAAGAACAGACUUUUAGCAGUUGAAAGUGAGCAGACAUCAGGUGAUGCUCAUUCAUGGCUUGAACUGAACAUCUGUCCCAAUGAGCA